UUUCAUCUGCACCCUAUCCCACCCAUUCCGUCGCGCCGUAACUCUAGGCGUUACUUUAUGCGCGAAUGUUGGGCUGAUCCAUGCUUCUGCUAAUCAGGAGAGACAUGGAACGUCAUGAAGAUCGGCUUCCAACUGAAGCAGGUUCGCGAACGGCUUGCAAAAGGGCUUGUUGACAAAGGCGUCCUGCGCACCGAGAAGCGUAACUUUAUUCUCUUCGAUAUGGCCACCCACCCUGUCGCGGACGUUCGCACCAAAGAAGCGGUCAUCAUCCGUGUCACCUCACUCCUCACAAGUACCACCUCUGCCGUCCCGCCUAGCGCGCUAGACAAGGAAGGUACCCAGGCCCGCGCAAUGCGCGCCGUCUGUCUCGCCGCCGCCGCCUACGCCGCGAGUGUACUCGACAACGCAUUCAGCCGCCUCACGUAUGAGGAGCGCGAGGCCGCGUUUCAGCGUUGUGAAGACCUUAUCCAGGAGUUCGCUGCCUGGCCAUUCGGCUCAGCGUCUAGCUCGCCGAACGGAAACAGCGUGCGUGCGAACGGCCGCCGCGCUGCGCAGCGUAUCGGCAUAGGUAGCGUUGGCAGCGGACGCGAAGCCAUCUUAGGCCUUGUUCAAGAAGUCAAGAAGGAAAUGUUUAGUGAUGAGGACCUCUGCUUCGAGCUGGUCGCGGGUGUGUUGGAGGUACUCUCAAAGCUGGAUUCACUACUAUGAUACAGAAUAAUGCAAUGUUGGAGUCGCUGGAAUACCUGCCUUUUUCAUUUUCACUAGUGUCUGCAUAUUCAUCUCCCGUAAGAUAUGUAUUCGCGUUCGCUUUGUUGUGACUCUUGUGGAUGUACCAGUGAUGUGCGGACGUCCGUCCAAAUAUUGGGACGAGACGACGACUUAAUGGUUAAACACUGUUUGGACGGCGAUCA